CAUGGAUUGAACUUUGUGAUUGUGGUCCCAGUUUAUGACUUUAAUUGGAGUGUUAUAUUUGUUAUCUUUUCUGUAUAUGGGGCCCUUUUUAAGGUAAAUCCUAGUAAGUCAUUUUCAUCCCUUGGUCCUGUCCAUUUUAACCUGCUUGUAAUAGUGCAGACAAGAAGUUCCCAUUGGCUCCGCUAGAUUUCAAUUUCACCCAGCCAGCACAAUGAUGUGGCUACUGGCCAUGUGUUUACACCAAAUUUUGGUAAAACAAAUAGAGAAUCCAAGGAUCAAUCUGGGACUGGAUUCGAGUCCUCUUGGGUUCUUUGGUGAAAAUAAAUUAAAUUUAGUCACUCAAAACUAAAGAGAUUUAAUAACAAAUUAGAAACAAAACGAAUACAUUCGGUUUAAAUGAUAAAAGCAAUAAAUGAAUUUUCUAAAUCUGAAUGAUAAUAAUGAACUAUAAGAUGCAGUGUUACACGAAUCCCUACUUUUUCACUCUAACUUGGCUUGUAAUCAUUGUGAUUGAUUGUAAGCACUUGAGAAUUUUCGAGUAAAGAUUGUGUACCCCUAUUCUUUCUACAACCCUGCUAUUUAUAGACUUAAAAAUGUAACUGACUUCUAACGGUCAAUUGAUAAAACCAUUACAAGUGUCUUCUGAAUAUGUCUUCGUCCUACACGUGUCCUUUUUUGCUCCUUACGUGUCUUUCGCGAACUGUCUUCAAAACAACCGGCCUCCCGUAAUGGAUUCUUCACAUCUCGAAAAAAUACUUUCCAGCCGAAGUCACUUAGCACUUGGUAAAUUUUCUUGAGUCUCCUUACUUUCGACUUCAUAGGUCGAAAUUAUGCAACAUAGGUCGAAAUUAUAUAAAAUUGUGUAGUCAACAGAUGCCCCCCAAAAUAUCAUUUAUUCGAUCAGAAAAAAUGAUAUUUUCGUCUCACAUGAUUUCGACCCAACACUAAAUGUCAGUUUUUUCCUUUUCCAUUCCUGACAAAACAAAAGUCUCUUUUAACCUUUAGCAACUUCCACACUCCACUAUCAUAAAUGUCUAAUCAUGUCAGACACGUCCUUCAAGAGAAACCAAAAGGUAGAAACUGCCAUACCCCACUCAGAAUUCAAACGGAUUGAACUAAAUUUCAUUGAACAAAGUUUUGGCAUCCGGUCUAAUCUCAACCGCUCAUCUUACCCAGACUUAAGUCUUAUAAAUAGGUGGAAAAACCUUCCCACUUCUACUUCAUCUUCAACCUCUAGCUUUUCUCUCUGAAAAAGAAAAACCCAUUUCCAAAACCUUGCAACUCCUUGAUAUUCCAAAGCUCUACCGGAACCAUUUCGGUUUGCGCGAGCUUUCACCAUCUUCAUCAUUGCAUCAUCAUCAUCUUCCAGUUCGCCGGCCACCAUCAUGACUUCCACAUCCUCUUCUCAGGUUCCGUCUGCGGUUUCUCUUUUAAAACCCAUUGAAGUUGAAGGGAGGACCUUUGUUCCAGAACCUCCCAAUGAAGAAGAAAAGAUUAAGAUCUGGAAUUCCCAGGUACUUAUUCCCUUCUCCAUUGGUGAUAAGUUGCAUGCAUAUCUAGGACCUUACCAAACUACUUUCCCAAGAAAUGCAUCUGCAUUCUUUCCUUCACCUUUACCUGAUGAGAAAAUCUUGGCCUUUAGGGAUUCCUACAAUCUGUCCUUUUUAGGUGACCCCCCUCGAGCUUUCCGUUCUUCACCUCCAGUGAAAACGAAUCCCUACAUUGAAUGGUUAAACAAAGUCGAGAAAGUGAAAGGAGAUUUCUGGAAAACUUUAGGGAUUUUUGACAUAAUCCAAUUAUCUAGGUCGAAAAUUGUCUACCAUCCAGCAAUGUUAGCCAGUUCUUUCUUCUUUUGGGAGCGUUCGACCAAUACCUUUCAUACUCCUCAGGGAAUGAUUACCCCUACUCUCUUAGAUGUAGCUGCUAUUGCCGGUCUUCGACCUACAGGUUCUUCUUUUACAUUCGACCGGCCUGUUAAGAAAGAAAUCAAAUUAGACUAUAACCAUCUAACUUACAAAAGCUUCAUUCUGAGAAACCACGACAAGACCUCUGCAAAUGUUUCCGACUCGGAACAUGUAGCUUUCUUGUUGUUCUGGCUUUCUGCUUUCUUCCUUUGUUCCAAGUCUCUUCAAGUUCCUCAGAAAUUUGUGCUUCUUGCUCAACUUCUGCACGAAGGUACCGACGUCUGUUUAGGUAAAGUUUUAUUAGGCGAACUUUACCUUUCUUUGAGUCAAGCCAUCACUUCUCUUCAGAAGCCCUCUGGAGCCGAGAAAAACAUCCUUUUUGCUGGACCUCUAUGGUUUCUUCAACUUUGGCUAAAUGCCAUAUUUGAGACCAAACUCUCAACUCCAAGUCCACAAAAUGUCUCGACUUCUAUUGCUGCUUUUCGACUUAAUUGCUUGACUCCUUCCAAAGAUAAAGUCGAUCCAGAAACCACUUUCCGUGAGUUUUUUACUGCUUUUAUGGAAAUGACCUCUUUUACUCCCGACCUUGCUCCAUUUGCUGCUCCAACUACUGGUCCCAAAUGGCUUGUCCGACCUUUCCCAUGCGAAUCUCCGGGCGAACAACUUGAAAGUAUUAGCAUCUGGAGGGAAUUUUUCCGACCUCAAGUUCUUCCCCUUGGUUUCAAAAAAUCUGAGGUGAACGUGUUGGGUUACCAGCCUCAGCUUGUGGCUAGACAAUUCGGCCUAUGUCAAAUCGUUCCUAUCCCUCUUUUCUCAAAAAAGGAUGCCAUUUGCAACGAAGGGUUUUGCGACAAAGAUGUCGACUCUUUUUAUGAAGCCCUCAACUAUUAUGACAAAAAGACGUCUGCUCUUCGUCUUGAACCUCUGUCUUUCGAACCAUCCUUUUAUUGCACUAAAGAAUUUGAAGUUUGGUGGUCGACCUACUACAAGUCUAUUCAGACCACCUUAGGAGUUUGUAUUGGAAAGAUGACUGAAGCUCUUCAAUCUGUGCAGAAAAAGGCUACAAAGAAAACUCGAGGUAUGCUCAUCAAAGAAAUCCAGUCAUUUCAGAGAUUCUUCAAAACUGUUUAUCUUCCAGGUCGAUUGAAUUUAACCCUUUCGGAAGCGGCGGAAGUUUUAAAAGAAAAGGUCAAAGCCAAAGUUUUAAAAAUUAAACUUUUUCCCCCUUUUGUGGAUAAAUAUGUUUACACUCUUCGACAUUAUUGUCCAAAAUUUCCAGCUUUUCCUACCAGUGACAUGGCUUUGGCUUUACCUGUUAUUUACCCAAAGUGGCUCGACCAUUUUACAUACAAAUGUUUUAUACAAAGUCUUUUACCACUUCCGAAAAGGGUUACUUCGACUAAAUAUUUCUUGCACAACUACCCCGGACACAUUCAUAUUAACUCAUGUCACGUCCAAGUCCUUACACAAAUUCAUCAAGCCGAACCAAUACCCAAGGUUCCAUGUAAGGAAGACGAAGGUUCCGACAAUUCAACAGGCAUUCCAGUUCAACAAAAGAACGUCCCUAAGGCUCGAAAGAGAGGUUCUCAAAGCUCGACUUCGGAUGCUCGAAAGAAAAUAAGAAUUUCGUCCGAAAAGGACGACUCAGAAAGAACUUUGGUAGACCCAAUUCCUGAAGACGAGAACAUUUCUUCCAAGACUGUCGAUCCAGAUGAAGCUGCACAAGACAAUGCUAACUCUAAAGCCUCGGACAUUAACGAAGAGAAUCCACCGAUCUCUUCUGCAAAGAAACGUGCCGGGGCUGAGCCGAAUCAAGAGGAGCAACAAGCAGAAACUGACCAAGAAGAUUCUGGCUCCUCUCAAAGCGAAAGUUCGGGAGCUUCUUCUCCGACCAAAACUCAGCAAGAACAAGACAAUUCCUCGCAACCAAAGCCCCCUCCUCAAGUAAUCCAUUUGUCUUCGAACUCUUCUGAUUCCAGUUCUUCUGACUGCCAAAGUCUUGAUGACUUUUUAAACUUUCAACCAUUACGAAUUCAAUAUCCUUCUGGUCGAAUAGUUAGUUAUGUUUCAUCUGACAAUGAGUCCUUUACGCAGGACCUUGGUGCUUCGGCCGAAAAGUCAGAUACUGAUGAAGACCGUCAGCCUAUCCCUUCACCCAUUGCCAAAGUUUCGAAGACCCAAGAAAAAGCCCUUGAGGUUUCGAGCCCUGUUGCUGGCAAGAAAUCUCCUCAGUCCAUUCCUAUCGAAGACUUUGACGCUCUUGCUAUGGAUGACCCAGUAUUAGCCCUUGAGCAACUCAUCAGCGGUCAAGUCUCUCUUAGCACCAGUCGAAGCCAAGAAUCAUCUAUGCAAAACGAAGGCACAAGCACUCUGAACACUGCCACCACCAUGAUCAACAAGCUGCGAUCUCUUACGUUUGAGCAAGAUCUAUUCUCUGCCCUCAACUCGAAUCCUAACUUAGGCCGAGAAAUUAAGCAACUUAUCGCUGACCUUGGCAAUGAGGACCUCACUGAUCAACAAGAAAAGGGCAUUCAAGAAUUACAAGAGUUUCUUGACGAAUCACUCUCGACCCUUGAUCAAGCCAAACUUGUCGGUCAAGACUUAGCCUCCAAAUUCACUGAGUGCACACAAGCAGCUGAAUCAUUCGACCAAGCUAAAACCGAAGUGGAUUCCAUCAAAUUACUCGAAGAAGCUGACUCGAUGCAACUGAAUGAAAUUUUGAAACAGAUUGCCGAACUUCAACAACAGGAAAAAUCCCUCAAAGCCAAUCUGGCCAAGUUCAAGAAACAAAAAACCGAAGUUGCUGCCAAGGCCAUUUCUCACGUGAAAGACAAGAAUCGGCUUGAAGGCGAAAUUUCUGAGCUUCAAAACAAGAAGGCGAAGGUUGACAAGCGACUUAAGAAACUCAAGGGUCGAUAUGCUCCCAUGAAAGCCACUCCACCAUUUUAGUCUUCUUAUUUCUAUUGAUCAUGUUUUUUUUUUUUACAUGGCGCCUGUGCCACUUUAUUUCCCUAUGUACUCUCUAAUAGCGUUUUCGCCAUAUUUAUUUUCAGCUUAUGCACUACAUUUCUAUAUCAAUCUUUAUCUCAUGAA